AGUCCUGCAUUGUCCCCUUCUUUGCGCAUCCGUUCGUUGCGAUCGGACAUCAUGAACAGACAACGGCCAUUGCGAGCCACGUCUCCCAACAUCCUUCAGCGACUGCAAGAGCACGGCGUCCGCUUCCGUGACCUGCAGGAGGCGCCUGCAGAUGCCGCCGCUCUAGCCAAGUCCUUUGUCGACUUUCCCUCGAAAUACCCCUUUUCAGACAGGACGAGUAGCUUGGACACCCUCAGGAAUGGUGUCUAUGUUCUGUCAUGUGGCAUGGGCGCUGAGAUGAGGCACGCCAUCAAUGCAGCUGCUAGCCCACGUCCAGAGCUGAUCCAGGAUGCCGCCGGGCUGCCAGAGGGGUACUGGAUGAGCAAAAUCAACUUCCCUACACUCAUGAAGGCCUUCGAUGAAGCAUUUGAGACGGGAACCAUUACAGUCAUGCAGGGCAUACUCUGGGCCAAGGGUCGGCAGCUGCAGGACGCCCGCCUGACGACGCCUCGCCGCUACGCCAAUCCAAGGCCCGAUGCUGUCGUCGGUCUUGACUUCGUCCGAGGAGAUGCUGUUGUGGCCGGAGAUCCUCUCUGCACCACUGUGUUGGACAGGCUUCGGGCCGGUUUCCCAGACUUUGAGCCUUCUCCCGAUGGGUACGCCUUGCUGCCAGGCUUCAUCUUCGAGGCGGAGCCGGAAGAUGGCAGAGCUGAGGUGCUAAAAGCACAGGUUGCAUUCAGUGCGGCAAGAGCACUAGCGCUGUUACAGCACAUUAGGCAGCUAUCCGGAGUAGAGUCGGAAGCUCCGAUGAUCCCGCUUGCGACCUCGGCUGCACACAUGUGGAACUUCUAUCUGGCGGUCCUCUCACCUACUGUGGAUGGAGAGAUGGACACGACACUGUAUCAGAUCGGUCCUGUCCUGGACAUCACCAGCUUCUGCGACAAGGUACGACUCCAGCUUGUGCUGUACCGGAUCAAUCACUGGCUCAUACAAACGCACAGGCAAAGGGUCUGUGAAGACCUGACCGGAAUGUUGCUACAGCUGUCACCGCCUCAGAGGGCUCCUGUUGGGCGGGCGAGGCAUGUGCAAGCAGGGGCAGAAGCGGAGGGAAGAGUACGCGAAGGUAAAAAUGGGGAUGCAGCAGAAGGGCGAGCCGAGCCGCAAGUAAGGCCGGCGAAGAGGGGCCGGACUGGACGACGGAGGCGAGCGUGGCGAAGAGAGGUACGGGUGGCAGAUGUUAUGUGAGAAUGACCAGGGUGUAAAGUCAUCGUCUUCGUCCCGUCGUGCAGUCCUUUGUAUAUUCUCCAUCCUUUCUUUCGUUGAUUCCAUCCCUGCACCAUACCCUUUCUGCUUCCCUCCCGAACUAAUCCAGAGUCACG